AUGACAGAAGAAUCCCACCCUGAUAACAUACUCGUUUUUAAUGGAACACUGGAUGAACUGAUGCUAGUUGUCAAUUCGAAAGAAACGCUAGUCGUUCUUGAUAUAUUUUGGGUUUGGUGUGGGCCAUGUAGAAAGUUGAGCGAAAAUCUUCCUCAAAUUGCAAAAGAAAAUCCUGAUGUAUUCUUUAUAAAGAUAGACAGUGAUAAAAACCCACAAAUUGUUGAAAAAUACGAAGUACAAAUGUUUCCAACACUAAUAUUCAUGAAGAAGAGUAAUUUAUUAGAAAUUCACAUCGGUUCUAACAUUCGCGACAUCAAAGAAAAGAUCCAAUUACAUAAAGGCAAUAAUUUAACUUAA